AUGGCAAUUGGGGUAGCUGGAACAGUUGGUCCCACUACUCAGGAUGUAAUAGAUCAUGUGGCUAUGGUAAAAAGACUUUUAUUCGCAAGAGAUAUUGUAACAGUCCUCCUCGGAAAAAUGGAGGAAGCUACUGUAGUGGAUCUUCUCGUACCUAUAGAUAUGUUACAUGCUUCAGAAAACAUUGUCCAGUUCAUGGUGGUUACACAAGCUGGGGAACAUGGAAUUCUUGCAAUAAAAUAUGCGGAGGUGGAACUAAAUAUCGUUACCGAUACUGUACAAAUCCCAGACCAAAGCAUGGCGGAAGGAAAUGCACAGGAUCGUAUAAACAGCUUACAUCAUGCAACAGCCAUAAAUGUCCUGUUCACGGUGGUUAUACAAGCUGGGCAGAUUGGAAUUCCUGCAGUAAAUCAUGUGGAGGCGGAACUAAAACUCGGUACCGAUAUUGUACAAGUCCAAAGCCUAUGCAUGGCGGACGACAGUGUAAAGGAAUCUCAUAUCAAUAUAAAACAUGUAACAACCAGAAAUGCCCAGUUCAUGGUGGAUACACAAGCUGGGGAGUGUGGAGUUCUUGCAGUAAAUUAUGUGGAGGUGGAACUAGAACUCGAUAUAGGUCGUGUACAAAACCUAAACCUAAGUAUGGGGGCAGAAAAUGUAAAGGGUUGUCAUACCAAAACACAUCAUGCAAUAACCAGAAAUGUCCAGUUAAUGGCGGAUACAGUACUUGGGGAAGUUGGUCCCUCUGUAACGAGUCAUGCGGUGGAGGAACUAAAAGGCGAUAUCGCUACUGUACAAACCCGAGACCCAAAUAUGGAGGAAAGAACUGUGUUGGAUUGUCAAAUCAACAUAUCACCUGCAAUAAGCACAACUGCCCUGUUGAUGGGAAUUGGACACCUUUUAAGCCAUUUAUCGAGUGGACCUCCUGUAAUGUUACUUGUGGUGGUGGUAUAACUUCACGACAACUAUUACGUUCAUGUACAAACCCUGCUCCUGCGUUUGGAGGAAAAUCUUGCUCUGGGAAAAGUAUAAAGAU